AUGCCCACCAGCCCUAAUUCUACAAUAAUCCUCUCCGAGACCAGCAAACCAGAAAGAGUUUCAGUUUAUGUGCCGGAUAUCCAAGAUCCAACAAGCAGAGCUGAGCUCAUGAAGUACUGGAUGAAUUUGUCUUUGGAUGAUAAGACUGCCAAUAAGAUGUUGUGGAUUUCUGACAGCGGGUCUAAGGUGUGUCGUAGAACUGAGGAGGUUUGUCCUGUCCUGGAUAGACCAGAGAGAUAUGAGUACUCUCCACAGGUGGUGUGCAAAGAGGGCCUUUGGAACAUGAGGGCUUACUGGGAGGUGGAAUACUCAGGAUGGGUGGUAAUUGGAGCCACCUAUGAAGGAGCAGGAAGGAGGGCAAAUUCUGGGCCAAGUGGCCUAGGAGAAAAUGAGGAGUCCUGGGGUCUGUGUUGGUCAGGAACACGUUACCAGAUCUGGUUCAAUGGUCUAAACAAAGACAUAAGCAAUGUCCCACAUUGCUCCACAAUUGGAGUUUACAUCGACCAGCCUGCAGGGAUUAUAAGCUUUUAUGCUGUGACUGGUGAGGGAGCAGAGAGGGAGGUAAAGCUGUUGCAUAAAGUUAAGACUACUAUCGAGAAGAAGAUUCUUCCUGGUUUCUGGGUUGGAAUUCAGUCCUCAUGCACGAUACUGAGGAAAACAGAAUGA